AUGUGGACAGGAGGGGCACUUCCACAGGGAAUGCCCAAAAGUGGAACAUCCCUGGCCCCCCACUGGGACCCUGUCCCUGCUGCAAAGGUAACCACUGGAGGUCUAAGUUCCCCUGUCUCCAGACAGAAGGCCCGGGAGGCACAGCUCCACCCCAGCCUACCUGGAGUUGGACCAGGCCCCGCCUUCCUCCCCUGCCCAGUGGCUGAGCCUGGCGUCCCCACCCUGCGCCCUGGGCGAGGCCCCCUCCUCGGCUGCGCCUCUGAGCGCGCGCCGCCCGUUUCUAGCCAGUUGGCACAGCUAACGAGUCAUCCACCGUCACGAGGCCCUUCCCUGGGCUCCACCGUGCUGAGGGCUGGGGUCACAGAGGCGGAGGAGAGGGCACCCCUUCGUGGUUCUCGAAGUCGGGGACCAGGGUGGGGUCUGCGGAGAGCCUGGUGUCCUCCAGACCAAGUUUCCAGGUCCAGGGAUGCCCCGAAACCUGCAUCGCUGCUGCUGGGGAAACCCUUGGGUUUCCUGUUAAUGUGGUGUCUGCGCCCACCCACCGGGUCUCCUUAUCCCUUCCCCUUCCUGUUGCUGGAGUCUCACUCAAACCGACCUCACUUUUUCCUCAUCUGCUCCUCCACCAUGGCUUCUUUUACCUUCAGUGGAGAUGUGGAAGAUGACAAGAACACAGCAUGCACCUGGGAAGUGAAGGCCAACAACUAUGUCUUCCAAAAGAAAUUUAAGAAGGGCUUCCUGUGCUGGCGGAAGAAGAAGUACAAGAGCAAUGCCAUCCACACGGCCAAGUACAACAUCUUCUCCUUCCUGCCACUGAACCUGUAUGAGCAGUUCCACCGCAUGUCCAACCUCUACUUCCUUCUCAUCGUUAUCUUGCAGGCCAUCCCUGAAAUCUCCACACUGCCCUGGUUCACCCUCUUCGCUCCUCUGGUCUGCCUGGUCAUCAUCCGGGCCUCUCGAGACCUGGUGGAUGAUAUUGGGCGGCAUAGAAGUGACCGUGCCAUCAACAACAGGCCUUGCCAGAUCCUGAGGGGGAAGAGCUUCACGUGGAGGAAGUGGAAGAACCUGUGUGUGGGAGAUGUGGUGUGUCUCAGAAAGGACAGCAUCGUCCCAGCCGACUUGCUCUUGCUGGCCAGCACAGAGCCUAGCAGUUUAUGCUAUGUGGAGACUGCUGACAUUGAUGGGGAGACCAAUUUGAAGUUCAGACAGGCCCUGACAGUCACCCACCACGAACUGACCAGUAUAAGGAGGAUAGCAGCCUUCCAUGGAACAGUGAUAUGUGAGGAGCCCAAUAGCCGGAUGCACAACUUCGUGGGGAGCCUGGAGUGGAACAACAAAAUAUAUCCCUUGGACAUUGGCAACCUGCUCCUGCGCGGCUGCAAGGUCCGCAAUGUGGAUGCCUGUUAUGGCCUUGUCAUCUAUGCUGGUGUUGACACAAAGAUCAUGAUGAACUGUGGCAAGAUCCAUUUGAAGAGGACCAAGAUUGACCUCCUCAUGAAUAAACUGGUAGUCGUGAUCUUCCUGUCUUUGGUGCUCAUCUCCUUGGCCUUGACCCUGGGCUUCCGUGUAAUGAUCAAAGACUUCAAGCUGAAGCACUAUUAUGUGUCCGCCAAGUACCCGAGGACUGUGACCAUGGAGUCCUUCUUCAUCUUCUGGGGCUUCCUCAUCCUGCUCAGCACCAUGGUGCCCAUGGCCAUGUUUAUUUUAGCUGAGUUCAUCUACCUGGGCAAUAGCCUGUUCAUCAGCUGGGACACGGAGAUGUACUACGAGCCUCAGGACACACAGGCGAAGGCCCGUAGCACCAGCCUCAAUGACCAGCUGGGUCAGGUGCAAUACAUCUUCUCAGACAAGACGGGCACACUCACGCAGAAUGUCAUGAACUUUAACAAGUGCUGCAUCAACGGCAAUGUCUACGGUCCAGAUAACAAGGAUGGGACACCCUAUCAGGAGAACCCCUACCGGUGGAACAAAUUUGCAGAUGGAAAGCUCCUUUUCUACAACAAGCAGCUCUUACACAUUGUACGGCACAGGCAGGACAAGGUGGUACAAGAGUUCUGGCGCGUGCUUGCCAUCUGCCACACGGUGAUGGUCCAGGAGAAAGACAGUGAGUACCUGCCAUCAUACCAGGCGGCUUCCCCAGAUGAGGAGGCACUAGUCACUGCAGCCCGGAACUUUGGCUAUGUGUUCAGGUCACGCACCCAAGACACCAUCACUGUGGUGGAGCUGGGGGAGGAACGAGUCUACCAGGUCCUGGCCAUGAUGGACUUCAACAGCACGCGCAAGCGGAUGUCUGUGCUGGUACGAAACCCAGAGGGCUCCAUCUGCCUCUACACCAAGGGUGCAGACACGGUUGUCCUGGAGCGCUUGCGCAAGAGGGGUGAAACAGAGAUAACCACAGAGGAAAUCUUGGCUGCCUUUGCAGAGCAGACCUUGCGGACACUGUGCCUGGCCUACAAGGAGGUAGCUGAGGAUGCCUAUGAGGAGUGGGAGUCCCAGCACCAUGAGGCCUGCCUCUUGCUACAGAAUAGGGCCAAGGCCCUGCAUCAGCUACUAGGAGUCACAGCCAUUGAGGACAAACUCCAGGAUGGCGUUCCAGACACCAUCAAGUGUCUCAAGAAAGCAAACAUCAAAGUGUGGGUGCUCACAGGGGACAAGCAAGAAACGGCGAUAAACAUUGGAUUUGCUUGCCAGCUGCUGACAGAGAACAUGCUCAUUCUGGAAGAGAAGGAGAUCAACCGUAUCUUGGAGAUCUACUGGGAGAACAGCAACCUGCAGAACUCAAGCGACAACCUCAAGUUCCUGUCACAGGUCAACAUGGCUAUGGUCAUUAAUGGAGAAUUCCUGGAUCAGCUGCUGCUGUCUUUGCACAAUGAGCCCCGUGCCCUGGUCAGAAAUGCAGUGGCAGAUGAGGCUUGGCAUGAGCCAGGCCCAGUGAGGAGGGACUUCCUCCAGGCCAGGCGAAUCUCCCAGUUCUUUCGGAAUUUUGGGGCCCCAGUGGCCUCCAUGCAAUCCAAGACCUCGAACACCCAUGAGAGUCCGGAGGUGUGGCGGGAACAUGCCUUCGCAGACCUGGCCUCCAGGUGCCAGGCAGUCAUCUGCUGCAGGGUGACACCCAAGCAGAAAGCUCUGAUCGUGGCACUGGUCAAGAAAUACCACAAAGUGGUGACCCUGGCCAUUGGGGAUGGAGCCAAUGAUGUCAACAUGAUCAAGACUGCGGACAUCGGUGUGGGGCUGACAGGUCAGGAGGGCAUGCAGGCGGUGCAGAAUAGUGACUACGUGCUGGCCCAGUUCCGCUUCCUGCAGCGGCUGCUGCUGGUUCAUGGACGCUGGUCCUACAUGCGUGUCUGCAAAUUCUUGCGCUUCUUCUUCUAUAAGACAGUGGCCUGCAUGAUGGGCCAGAUCUGGUUCUCCUUCUACAGUGGCUUCACUGCCCAGCCCCUGUAUGAAGGCUGGUUCCUGGCCCUCUUCAACCUAUUAUACUCUACUCUCCCAGUCCUUUACAUUGGGCUCUUCGAGCAGGAUGUGAACGCGGAACAGAGCCUGGAGAUGCCCAGCUUGUACGUGGCAGGCCAGAAAGAUGAGCUCUUCAACUACUGUGUGUUCUUGCAAGCCAUUGCCCAUGGCAUGGUCACUUCUCUGGUCAACUUCUUCAUGACAGUGUGGGCCAGCCAAGAUACAGCAGGGCCUGCCAGCCUCAGUGACUACCAGUCCUUUGCGGUCGUUGUGGCCUUGUCAGGCUUGUUGUCGGUCACUAUAGAGGUCAUCUUGGUCAUCAAGUACUGGACUGUCCUAUGUGUGGCAACCAUUCUGCUCAGCUGUGGCUUCUAUGCAGUCAUGACAUGUGUCACCCAGAGUUUUUGGCUCUACAGGAUCUCCCCACCAACAUUCCCAUUUCUCUAUGCCGACUACAAUGUGCUGACCCAGUCCUCCCACCUGCUGUUGAUCCUGCUGAACGUGUCCCUGAACACACUGCCCAUGUUGGCCAUCCGGGUCAUUCAUAAGGUCAUCAAGCAGCUGCGUGUCAAGGAAGAAAAGGUCCCCCCUGAGGAAGUCUUCACUGUGGAAUCUAUGCCUUAUAUAUGCCGGGAGUCCCCAGGCCGGCGCUCCAGCUAUGCUUUCUCCCAUCAUGAGGGUUAUGCGAACCUCAUUACUCAGGGCACCAUCCUGCGGAAGUCUACUGAGGCCAGUGGUGAGACGCUGUAUGAAUCCCCAACUGUAUCUGAUGAAGAAUUACCCUCAAGCCCCAAGGAGGCAUUCCAGUACUCCAGAAAGACAUCUUUCUUAAGGAAGAUUAACCAGCACCAGGGGAAGGUUUCCUCUGAGGAUCUACAGCCCUCCACCAUGAACUCAUCCUUCACUGAGGAAAGGCAGUCCACUUUUAUAACAGGCACUCACCCUGCUAUCAUUGAGAGGUCUCCCACAACUAUGAGCAUGCCAUCUUUGUCUUCCAAGAAGAAGACAUCAUCAUUUCAAGAAAACCAGGUAACACCUUCUGAGGACCAGUCUCAAUUUUUUACCAGUUGGUCAACACUUUCCCACCAGACCUUGGAAAACCCGACGGGGCCCUUGGAGGAUGGGUCGUCAUCCUGGACACCAUUCUGGAAGAUCAGGCAAAACGAAGCCCACCCUUCCAAGGAAGGAACAUCCAGUUCCCAAGAUGACCCACACAUCACUGCCAGAGACCCAUCCACCAAGCAUGAGACAGUCAUCCAUGAAUAA